GGAGACCGCCCCACCCCCACUGACGCCACACGCGGUCGUGUCCCUGGGUAAGAUGGCCUCAGCAUAGCCGCGUCUCCUCGGCCUUGAGUUAUCAUCACGGUGGUGGUGGCGGAGACGGCUGGAGGUGGUUGAGGUGGACGUUUCGGUGGUGAAACCAUGGACGACCAGGGCUGCCCGCGGUGUAAGACCACCAAGUACCGCAAUCCGCAGCUCAAGCUCAUGGUGAACGUGUGCGGACACACGCUGUGUGAGAGCUGUGUGGAGAUGCUGUUCGCGCGGGGCGCCGGCUCGUGCCCCGAUUGUGCGACACCUCUGCGCAAGAGCGCGUUCCGCGUGCAGCUCUUCGAGGAUGCCCUCAUCGACAAGGAGGUGGAGAUCCGCAAGCGUGUGCUCAAGACGUACAACAAGCGGGAGGAGGAUUUCCCAUCGCUCCGCGAGUACAACGACUACUUGGAAGAGAUAGAAGAUAUCGUAUUUAACCUGACGAACAACGUGGAUGUGGAAACCACAAAGCGGCGCAUGGAGCAAUACCAGCGCGACAACCGUGACAUUAUCCAAAGAAACCGCGUCAAGACGAGCCGGGAGCAAGAGGAGCUGUGCGAGGGGCUCCAGUGGGAGCUCCAUGAGUCCGAGCGCCGGCGCCUUGAGCUGCUGCAAGGGGAGCAGCAGCAGCGCGAUGCGCGCAAACGCGCCGCGCAGGCCUUGCUGGACCAGAUGGAGGCGUCGCAGCUGCCAGCACGCUUGCUCUUGGCCGAACACCGUGAGCGCCUGGCUCAGGGCGAGCGCGAACUCCGUCGCCUCCACCCACCCGCGCCCCCCCCCACCACCUUCUCCACCGGCAUUAAGAUGAAGGUGCUGCUGGAGCCCGUUCUGUGCUCCCAGGAGUCGCUCUUCUCCUACCGUGCGGUGGAGCUCACUACGUGGGGGCCCCGCGCCCCCACCGAGGAGGAGCUGGGGCCUGCCGGGUAUCUGAAUCACGUGCGCUCGGCCUCAUCCCUGGAUCAAGGCGGCGGGUACACGUCGGCGCUCGCCUGCCGCCGUGCGCUGCAGGACGCCCUCAGCGGCCUUUUCUGGCGGCCGCACGCGGCGGGAGACGGGGGGGUGGUGGCGGCGAUGGCGGGAGGGGCGGCCGCCACCGGGACCACGUGACGGUGCCAUCCACACAACGGGCGACCUGGCACCAGCUCGAAACCCGGUGAUGCAGGUGUAGUGUGUCAACUGAGGCGCACACACACUGUUGUAGGAGGCAACGCGUUUAUUAAACAAUUAACUUUACACCAGAUUAUGUUGCUAAGUGUGGCUAACUUCCUAGGCUGCUCACUAUGUGCGCGUGUUAUAGCUUGAUCCCUGAAACGAGCCCCGAGUCCCCCUUAAUCCCUUGGGCCCGUGCUGUAUCAAGGCCGAUGCUCCCCACUUCCGGCCACGUGUCCUUAACUCCUCCAAUCGAUCACCACUUCCCGUCACGUGCCCUUAGCUCGUCCAAUCGAGCACCCAGCACUUCUCCAGCACCGUGACUGGCGCGACCCACAGAGAUGUCUCUACACAGGCAACUAGAGCGACAAACAGGCAGCUGUACCACCACCACUGCCAAUAACAACACCUUCAGCAUAACCACCCCCAGCAACAGUCCUCUCCUUUAUUUCUCAAUUAACUCGAUCAUUAAUUCCAGCUUUGGACUCCCAGAAUCCCUGGGAAGUCACAUGGGAUGGGUGGGGCCGGUACUGGUGUGAGAAAGGAAGGCACAGAUGCGGAUGUGACACGAAAAAUAAUGCUGCAGGCCAUCAAAAUGAGUUUUGUUACGGGAAUGCUAAUGAGUGGUGCGUCACCGUACAUGGGAAAAGGGCUUGAGUAAGGUCAGAGCUAAACAUUGAGUGAUUUAACGGUUUAUUCCAGUUCCAGCAGAACACAACGCAACUUUGAUCAAUAUAAACUGCCAUUCGUCACUCGGCAACGGUGAUGUCACUACAUCGAUUGUACCAGACGACAUAGGUACACUUUCGGGGGUCACAGGACAGAAAGGUGUUAACAACGGUUGAGUGCCCAAGACUGGCAGAUGCACCACCACUUGUGCUGCCCGCUGCCACCUCGCUGCGUUUUAGCCACCGGGCGCUCCACUCAAGGUGCGCGUCUCUUCUGCCAGCUAUUGCUACUUGAACGGCUGCUUCCAACCGCUCAGUAUGUCCUCCAUAGGCCGAUCUUGACACCGCUGGUACCCGUCUCCGGCAAUGGUAAACACAUGCAACCUCCGCAGCGCAUGGUAAGAUUUUAAGUCUUGUUUUGUCAAUGCAAGGCAGCUCAGGCUUUCACAGCACAGGGAGGGGAAAGUUGCAAUCACAGCUUUUCCCCAUGUCGGAGCAGUGUGAGCCCAGCCGAGCUACACACCAACGGCUGACUGGUUUGAGCUAAAGGGAACAAGGCUUUCAGAUAUCAAUGGCUAAUUAACCGUUAGUGGCACACAAAGCUCAGCAUUUUGGAGGGGGAGCAAAUUGUUAUGACCAAGAGGUACCAUGUCAAAAACAAGUGUUCCUGUGUAAGUUCACAUCAAACUCUCCUUGGUGAAUGCUUAUUUCGUGUUCAUAAUGGCAAUGUGUUUUUUUUACAUUAAUGAAUAACAUUUGAAUAGUUUUUUUUAAUGUAUGACUGUUUAAACAUUUCCGGGCAAGGGGGUAACUGCUCAUUUUUGCCACCGUCUGAGUGCUUUUCUAGGAUUAGGACUGUGUGCGUUCCAGCAUCUCUUCAACAUGUCAGUCCACAGGCACAAACACACAAACACUUGUAAUUUUUGAAGCGCGUUUAUAAUAAAUAUUUCUGCGUGGACGC